CCAUCCCAUACUAUUCCAAUCCAUAGGUCCAUUUCCUUUGCUUAGGAAAGCUGCUCUUAGGUUUAUGGGUAUCGUCGAAUUUUUAUUUAAAAAGUUAAACGAAGUCUACCCCAAUGAAUUUUUCGAAAAGACAGCUCAUUACUUGGGAAGUUUUGCAUCGGGUCACGCAUUGUUGCCAAAUCACCAGGUAACUCUACUGAGGGUCGAUAGGAGCGGCAACAUCGUCGACAGUCUGCAUCAUCUCGACAGCAAAUUAAAGGAAUAUCGGAAAUGCACAUUUUCCGCGAUACUUUAUAUUUAGGAUCACCUUUCAACGACUAUAUUGCUAGGAUUCCACUCGAUACCAUUGGAUGGAGUGACUUAAAGGUUGAUCGCGUUAAACGUUCUGCACCUACAACGCCUAAACCUGUAACAACUACUACACAAAGACCUACAACGACUACACCAAAACCUACUACAACUACACAAAAACCAACUACGACAACCCCUAGACCAACUACGACUACGCAAAGAGCAACGACUACUACUACGACGACUACACCAAAACCGACAACUACUACCGCAAAACCCACUACAACUACACAAAGACCGACUACGACAACGCCUAAACCUACCGCUGCCCCUGCAAAAUCGACCAAUCAAAAACAGGUACCGCCCACCGCCGCUAAACAGGAGGCGCCACAAGCGAGGCAGGCUCCUCCUCCACAGGCCAAACCAACUGUAGCACCUGUCAAACAACAACCUCCCGCAUCUCAGGUAAUUAUUUAAGACCUAUUAUAUUAA